UCACAAUGUAGCAAAACCGGGAUACAAUGUAUCAGCAGCAUAGGGGAGCGACUGGACGUGGGGAAUGCUACCUCUGUGUGUAGCUACAUGGAAGGUGGAUCUGAAUCAUACGAUUUCCGCAUCGAAGAGGCUCCCCGCUCUUUAGAUUGGCUGGAAGCGCAUCAAGAAUAGCUACAAUAAAAUCAAAGCCAAGGGAAACCCAUGCGUGAGAGGCAUCGUAAUAACUUUUCCAGUAGUGGGAACAACUAUUCAUUGCGGAUUUGUGCCAUGGACCUGGGAGGCCAGGGUGCGAUAAACAAAAUUUUCCGGAGUCAUAGCUACACUACGUAUGGCCUGAUGAUCAGAUAACAGGAUGUGAGCAUCAGUGGCAAGGCCAGCAUUUACCACUCAUCCCUACUGGCCUCAAGACGUGGACAAUGAACUGCUUUUUAAAACUGCUGCCAUUCAGGUGGUGCAAGUUCCAUAGAGUUGACGCCGUGACAGUGAAGAUAGUGAAAUACAUUUUCAAAUCAAGAUGGUGUAUGACUUGGAGAGCAUCUUGCAGGUGAUGAAGUUCCCAUAUGUCUGCUAUUCUUGUUCUUCUCUGUGGCAGAGGUUCCUUGUUUGGAAGGUGCUGACUAAGGAAACUUGACAGAAUUGUUCUUGCAUCAUCAUUAAACUUUGCAGCCCGAUGAAAUGCAGACAUCCCUGAGAAAUGGAGGACGAGGAAAACUGUUGCCACAGAAGACAGCCAACAUAAUUGUACAACAUUGAAGAAACUACAUCUGAGAAAGAUAAAGAACCCAGCAUGAUUGAGAGACAUCUGAGGGUCUGCCAGAUUGUGAAACUUUGGAAACCAGUAAGACUCUAAUCGAUGAUAGGUGGUAACUGCACAGCUUCUGAAAAAACCUGCCAUUCUGACCAACAUGUAACUGUCACUAAUUGUACUUGAUUGGUGGUGCAAGAUGAUGUCUUUACAGUUUGGCCAUUGGUCCUAGUAUAACAAUGGUUUAUUCUCCACUUUUGACUGCACAUGCAGGGACCUCAAAUAGCACAAUUGUCACUUCUGAACAUGCCUAUUUCAACUCUUCAGCACAUGCUGUAAUUCACAAUGAGGUGGAACUCUCUGUUGCUGAAGGAUCUGCCACUUACAAAACUACAGAAGGUAACUCCAUGAAAAAUAGCACAGCAGUUCCCACUCAGUCAGACUAUGGGGGUAUAGGCCUUCCUCUGCAGGUCCUCCUUUCUGCCAUUAUGGUGGUAAUAGCUUUAAUUUCUUUCCUGGGAAACUUUAUUGUCUGUCUCAUGGUCUAUCAGAAAGCAGCCAUGCGAUCAGCUAUUAACAUCCUUCUGGCAAGUUUAGCCUUUGCAGACAUGAUGCUUGCUGUAAUGAAUAUGCCCUUUGCCCUAAUCACUGUUAAUACUACAUACUGGAUCUUUGGUGAUAUUUUUUGCAGAGUGUCAGCCAUGUUUUUCUGGCUUUUUGUGAUAGAAGGAGUUGUUAUCUUGCUUAUAAUUAGCAUUGAUCGCUUUCUCAUCAUUGUUCAACGUCAAGACAGAUUGAACCCUUACCGUGCUAAGCUGCUGAUUGCCAUCUCGUGGGGUAUGGCAUUUUGUAUGGCCUUUCCCCUUGCUGUUGGUAGUCCACAUCUGCCAGUGCCAUCUCGUGCUCCACAGUGCGUAUUUGGAUAUUCUACAGAUCCUGGUUAUCGGGCUUAUGUCCUGUUAAUAAUAAUUAUGUUCUUCUUCAUCCCAUUCAUGCUGAUGUUGUACUCUUUUAUGGGUAUCCUCAACACGGUCCGACAUAAUGCCAUUCGGAUCCAUAGCAGCUCAGAUAGCAUUUGUUUGGGCCAAGCCAGUAAGCUCGGGCUCAUGAGCCUGCAGAGACCCUGCCAGCUAAGCAUUGACAUGAGCUUCAAAACGCGUGCCUUCACUACCAUCCUGAUCCUCUUCAUUGUCUUCACCUUCUGCUCAGUGCCAUUCACCACAUACAGCCUUGUUUCUACUUUCAGCAGUAGCUUUUAUCAUAAAGGUAACUUUUUUGAGAUAAGCACGUGGCUCCUUUGGUUAACCUACCUCAAAUCUGCACUCAACCCAUUAAUUUACUAUUGGAGGAUUAAAAAAUUCCGUGAUGCUUGCUUAGAGCUGAUGCCAAAAACCUUUAAGUUCUUGCCUCAGCUGCCUGGACGUACCAGAAGGCGAAUUCGUCCAAGUGCCAUUUACGUUUGUGGAGAGCAUCGAUCUGUGGUUUAAGAUAGAAGACCCUGUGCAUUGUUUCAAAUAUCAUCCUUACUGCCAUCACAUAACUUGCCAAUUAAUUUCCCCAAGCUUUUAUUCUCCUUCAAAACACUGGAUUUUACAUUUUAAAUACAGAUGUAGCUACAUUCUCUGUAGUUGCAAACAUUUCUUUAAUUAGUGAAUAAAUGUUUUUACAGUGUAAAUUUGAAAAUAUUGCCUGUGCAAUUUGUAUACUUUUUGGAUACUUUGUAAGAUUCAGUCGAGCUCUGCUUCAAAGCUUGUGGAUUGUUGUUCAUUGGUUUGAUGCUGCUAACUUUAGUGAGAAUGUGCAAUUCUGUGUUUUGUGUUCUGACCACUAAAUGGAACUGACCUUUAUUAAUAAUAUUAAUUAAGCACAAUUGACCUCUCAGGCUAUAUACAAAUAAAAAUGAGCACUAUAUGUUAAUUAUUUUAUCUUUGAUGUUCCCCUGGAAGAACCAAGAAAUGCUUGGUUUGCGAAAUUAUUUUAAGAACUAGAGAUCAUUUGGUCCGCUGCUGUACAAUUGAGAAUUGAUACUUAACACAAUGUAGCCGUUAGCUUGUUUCAUUGUAACUCAUAAGAAUAACUUUAUUUUUUACAUAGAACAGCCUGAAUGCAUAUUUCAUUGCUAACAUGGUCCAUGCAAGAUACAAAAUAUAUGUAUACUCAGGGAAUACUAAAUUUAUUAUGUAGAAUUAUUCAAUGUUCGAUUCUGGUGUGGGUUGAUUUUACUUAAAAAAUCUUGUGACUGUGUAUAUUUAUGUAAAUAUCAGUAAUAACUUAAAGGUAUGUAUAUUCUAGAAAUAUGUAAAAGCGAAUUGUGGUUUAAAAUGCGUUCCUUAUUCAGAGGAGAGCAAAGUAGAUUUUUCUUCCUCUACAUUGUAAUGGAUAGUGUUUUAUUAUCUGCAUUCAAUUACAUAUUUGGUUUCCAAGAUUAUGCUACAAACGCCAUUGUUUUAAAUGAUGACAAGUAAUCAUAUGCCUGUGUUGCUUUUCAGGAGCACAAGCUUGUCUGUCUAGUUAGAAAUUAUUGUCUUUUGAUUAAAAGUGUGGGCAGACCUUUGGUAAUCUUGCUUGUAAGUUCAAUGUAAUCAAUUGAAUGUAAUCAAAUUAUUUUUAAUAUUAAUUAAUUUCACUUCAGUUUGAUCCUUAUUUCUUUGUGAGUUUUCAAUAGAUCAAUUUACAUAAUUGUUUUGUACUUGCAUGUAUGUAGAAGCUUAAUGUUUGAAACUGAUUUCUGGAUGGUCCUUACUAAAUAUUUAGUGCUGUGAUCACUUGCUUAGUAGAGACCAAUCAAAUCUAAAUAUUGCGUUCCUCAACAAUUAGCAGAUAUUAAAGAAAAUAAGGAAAAUAAAGAAUUGCAUUGAUAUGGCACUUCCCCUUGUCUCAGGACCUCCAAAAGUAUUUGCAGCUAAUGAAGUACUGUUUAACCAAAAGCAAAGAACUGUGGAUGCUGCAAAUGUGGAACAAAAAAUGAAAUUGCUUGAGAAACUCAACAGGUCUGGCCAUAUCUGUGAAAGGAAAGCAAAAUCAACAUUUUAGGUUCAGAGGCCAUUCUUCAGAACUGAGUUCAGAAAUUCUACUGAGUUUAUCCAGCAAUUUCAGUUUUUGUUUAAGUACUUUUAAAUAUAGUCAUUAUUGUAGAAAAUUCAGCAUCCAGUUGACACACAGCAAUGUCCCACAUCAUUAAUGUGGUAAUGACCAGAAAAUCUGUUUCAUUGAAGUCAGUUGAGAAGUAAAUGUGGGUCAGGCCGAUGUGAGAACUACCUUGCAUUUCUGUAAAUGGUACCAUGGGAUUAUUAUGUCCAGCCAAGACAAUAAACAGGAUAACAAGGCGUAGAGCUGGAUGAACACAGCAGGCCAAACAGCAUCAGAGGAGCAGGAAAGCUGACAUUUCAGGUCUAGACCCUUCAGAAUUCUGGACCCGAAACGUCAGCUUUGGCCUGCUGUGUUCAUCCAGCUGUACACCUUGUCAUCUCAGAUCCUCCAGCAUCGGCAGUCCCCACUAUCUCUCACAAUAAACAGCAUGUUAGUUUAACUUCCUAUCUGAAAAGUAGUGCCUCCAACAUUGCAGCAAUUCCUCAACUCUGCACUGGAAUGUCAGCCAAAUUGUACUUGUCUGUGGGUAGAACUUGAAUGUACAGCAGUCUGACUGGAGUUGAAUAUAACACCACUAAAACAUAGCUGACACUUGCACCAGAAUGGAGAGUCUCAUAAAUAUAAGUCAUUCUAACUAUUCCAACAUUGUAAAGGGACACUCAAAUAAGUUGAAAUUUUAACCAAAUUAACAGUGUGACUCUGGCUAAGCCUUAGGCUGUUGGACAAAUCUAAGAUUCAACUUGUGAGCGUUCUGCUGCAGAGAGGUUAACGUAUGAGUUCCACUUGGUACUUUGGUAUAAUAUGUUAAUUCCCAAUGCUAUGGAAACUGCAAAUUGAGAUACAAAGUCAUGAAAAUUGUAGUGUGAUUGCUAUGACAUAUUUUCCCUAAAACUCUGUUUCUAAUUGCUUGCUGGAACCAGUUAACCCAGCCAGUUGGAGGUCCUGUAUUUGAAUGGCUAGGAAAACAUUGUGGGUUGGUAUCUUCUGCCCACCCUCAACCAUAUUGAAGAAAGCAGUAAAAGUGGCUGAAGACUCCCAGGUCAGUCAGUUGCUAGGCCUGGAAAUAAACUGUUAAUUCCCACAUACAGAAGAUUGUCUUGAAGAUUGUUUUUAAAAAAAGGAAAAGCUUUAUUUUUAUUCAUUCAUGGGAUGUGAGCAAGGCCAAAAUUUGUUACCUAUCCCUAAUUACCUUUGAAAAUGUGGUAAUAAGCUGCCAAGUUGAGUGACUGCAGUUGGUGAAGUGAAAGAUAUUUACAUAGUGCUAUUCAGGAGGAAAUUCCAGCAUAUUGGCACAGUGACUGUAAACAAAUAGUGACAUUGUUUUAAGUCGGGCUGGUAUGUGAUUUGGAAUGGAGCUUGCAGGUGGCGGUGUUCCCGUGCUUCAGCUGCCCUGGUCCAUCUAGGUGAUGGAGCUUGUAAGUUUAGAAGGUAAUGUUGAAGACAGUUUGACGAACUGCUGCAGUGCAUCUCCUGGAUGGUACACACUUCUGCAGUGAAUUGAUGUUGGAGAGUGAAUAUUUAAAUUGGUGGAUGGAGUUCAGAUCAUGAAGAUGGUUGUGUCCUGAAUGGUUGAACAGUUGGAACUACACUCAUUGAGAUACUUUGGGAGUAUUCCAUUCAUGAACUAUGCCUUGUAGCUAGUGCACGUGCUUUGGAGAGCCAAGAGGUCUUCCUGCAGAAUUUCCAAACUCUGAUCAGCUGUGGUAGCCAUAGGAUAUUGAUAGCAUGGAAAUCACCAAUAGCAAUGCGAUUGAAAUUUGAGGAGAAAUAAUUACAUUCUUUCUUGUUGGAGAUGGUCAUCGCCUGACCCUUGUGUAGCACAAAUGUUACUUGCUACUUAUCACCCACAGCUCUGAAUGCCGUCCAGGUUUUGAAGCAUAUAAACAGUGAUUGCUUCAGUCCCUUAGCAGUCCCAACUGAAACAUUGCUCAGUCGUUAGUGAAUAGCUGCACUGCUGACCUUAUGAUAGAGCUCAGCUGAAAAUGGUUGGGCCUUGAAUAUUGAGGAAUUCCUGCAACUGAUGUCCUGGGACUAUAAUGGUUGACCUCUCAACAGUGAAAACCUCAGUGCUCAGCUUGUCUCAAAACUUGGAUGGAGUGAUUGUCACCUGAUUGUCAUUGACUUCAGUUUUACCAGGGUUCCACAAUGGCAUGCAAUCCAUGCUGGCUUGAGUCAAGUGCAUCACCCUCAUCUCUUGAGUUCAGUUCUUUUGACUGUCUUUCAGGAAGAGAUAGUGGUCUAUUUUAGUGGUCAUGGCACUGGCCUCAUAAUCCAAAGAUCCAAGAUAAUGCUAUAGGGGCAUGGGUUCAAUUCAUCCCAUAAACAGUGUGUGGAAUUUAAAAUCAUUGAAUAAAUCUGGUAUAUAAAACUAGUCACAGUAAUAUUGACGAUGUCAACAAACAUUGAUUGUCGCAAUAAGAAGUGUCACUUUUAAAAAGACACAUGUCCUUCACAGAAUGAAAUGUGCCAUCCAUGCAAGCUCUGAGCUACAUGUCACUCCAGAUCCAUACAAGUAACUUAAAUGCCCUUCAGAAUAGUCGUGCAAACUGCUCAAUUCAAGGGUAAUUAAGCAUUGGGAAAACGUGCGAGCUUCGCCAGAGAUAUCAAAGUCCUAUCAAUGAAUUUGAAGAAAAUGGACCAAGACAUUAAAAGUCAGGAACUAAAUAGCCCUGGCCAAAAAAAAACAAACUCAGAUUUGGUGAGCAAAUUGUUGCUGAGUAAUUGCAGCUUGAUAACAUUGUUAAUGAUGACUUUGCUGAUGAUUGGGAGUAGGCGUUGACUGGAUUAGAUAGGACACACCUAGAAAGUGUUACACAUUACUGGGUCAAUGCCUUUAUUAAGGGAUUGCAAUAUGUCACUUUUGGCAGUCUGUAAAAUUUCAGCCAUGCAAGAAUUAAGUGCUAUUGUGACCUUGAAUGCCGCAGGCAAUGCAAUACUGGAUGUGCUGUAAUGUCAGGGUCUUUGUCAUACAGCAUGGACACAGACCCCUUCAGUCCAUGCUGAACAUAAUCCCAAACUUGACUAGCCCCACUGCCUGCUCUUGGCCCAUACCCCUCCAAACCUUUCCUAUUCAUGUACUUAAAGUGCCUUUUAAAUGUUGUAACUAUGCCCGCAUCCACUAUAUCUUCAAGAAGUUCACUCCACAUGCAAAAUCCCCUUCAUGUAAAAAAUUUGACACGUUUUUUUUAAAUCUCUCUCCUCUCACCUGUCCUCUCGUCCUGAAAUUCCCCCACCCUAGGAAAAAGGCACUUACCAUUAGCCCUAUUUAUAUACCUCAUGAUUUUAUAAACCUCUAAGGCCACCUGUCAGCCUCCUACACUUCAGUGAAAAACAUCCUAGCCUAUUCAGCCUUUCUGUAUAACCGAAACCUUCCAUUCAUGGCCACAUUCUGGUAAAUAUCUUCUGAACCCUCUCCAGCUUGAUAACAUCCUUCCUUUCACAGGUCAACUAGAACUGGACACAGUAUUCCCGAAGAUGCCUCACCAAUGUCCUGUACAACCUCAGUAUGACUUCUUAAUUCUCCUUCAUCUACACCCCCACUACUUCUCAUGCAGUGUAUGAAGAAUUCCAAGAGGAUAUUUAUGACUCAACAUUUCUUUUUCCCCCUGCUGACAGUACUAAGGUGUCCAGUAAUGGUAAAGUAACAGCAGUCACUCUUGGCUGAAACCUUGAGAUAAUAUCUGGGGCAAAAUGUAAUUAGUUGUUGAAGUUGAGACAAGUUGAGUAGAAUUUUGGUGUGUCUCAAAAGACCCCUUGAAAUGGAAUAUAGUCAGUUCGUGAGGAGAUGGUGAUAUAAUUGUGAUGUCACUGGAUUAGCAAACUAGAAGUCCAGGCUAAUGCUCUGGACACAUGGGGUCAUUUCGUACCAUAGCAGCUGGUGGAAUUUGAUUUUCAGUUAAGAAAUGCACAUUAUAAAGCUACUUCCAGUGAUGACCACUAAACUAUCGUUGAUUGUCAUAAAACCCAUUUGAUUCACUAGUGCCAUUUGGGGAAGGAAAUUUGCCAUCUUUAAUCUUAUUUGGCCUAUGUGAGACUCCAGAAAUGUAGCAAUGUAGUUGAUUCUGAACUAAUCAUUAAAAUGGUCCUCCAAAGCUACACAGUUUAAGGGCAAUUAGAGAUGGGUAACAAAUGCCACCCUUGUCUGUGGUAUCCACACCUUAUGAAAGAAUGACAUAACUCGAUCAGUAAGGGAAUAGUGAAAGUCAAGAGUGGUUUUCUGCAAUAUUCUGUGUUUUGUUUUUACACCAGCAUCCACUACCAGUAAAAACACCACUGUCGCUAAUUCAGUAUUUACAUCCAAAGCAUAUUAAGGGCAAUCUAAACUAUCAGAAGUGAGGGGGGAAGUGGGGAGAGAGGGAAGAGGCUAAAUAAAAAUGGAGUUGCAAGGAAAAUAUAGUACUAUAUUCCUCCGUGCUGCCCAUCUCUCUCUAAAUACAUCAGAGCAUUGAUGCGCAUCGGUUGCUCCUUCUGCAAGGAUACCUGAGCACAAACAUAACGACAGAAAUCUACAAUCUUCUGCAACAACUGCUUCACUCCUCUUCAGCUAGCUACUAUUAGGAGAGGUUGUUGAAUUUUAUGUGUUCAACGUGAGAAAAUUUAGGAUGAUUUUUGAAGAGCCAUUCAGAGGUAUGUGAAAGCACCUCGAGGUAGGGGGGGAAAAAAGAAAGAGGUUAUGUGUUACCGAUAAAAUGGCAUUCAACAUCUUUCAUGAGCACCACCAGACAAUGUAAUUGUCUUCUGGAUGGCUCUUCCUAGCAAUACUCUAAACCCUUCACCAAAGUAUGGUCUUGCAGUAAAUACAAUCCAAACUGUUCCAACUUGAGACACCGUCUUGUCUUCCUUGAAAGCUUGUUAGCCACUGCAAUAUUCAACCAAACUCUGUCAACUUCUUCAAAAAAAGGAUUUGGACAUUGAGGGAUGUAAGAAGGAAAAAAGGAAGUUGCUGGAUGUAAUGCUGAACUAUUACAUGAUCCGAAGAAUGUGGAAGAAGUGAACUUGUGUUGAAUUUGUCUGACUCCAGCAUUGGCAGUUCUUACUAUCUCUUGUAUUGACUUUCCAAUCUUUAUUAACCAGGCAAAGUUGCAGCUUACACCUUGGAUUUUAGCGUUAGGCUUAUUCCAAAGGAAAGUUGAUUGACUUAGGAGUGACAUUGGAUCCUUGAAUCCGGCUUCUCCAGUCAAUAAGGUUGUGACUGAUGGCUUCGCAAUUAAGUUUUUGAAAAGCUGAUUUUAAGGUUUUGAGGAGUCAGCUGAAGGCAUGUAGAAUAGAAUCCUUACAUAAACAGGCCAUUCAGCCUAACAGGUUUACACUGACUGUUUAAAGAGCAUUCCACGCACAUUCAUUCCCCCUCCCCUAUCCCUGCAUUUCCCCACAGCCAAUCCACCUAACCAGCACAUCUUUGGAGUGUGGGAGGAAAUCAGAGCACCCAGAGGAAACCCAUGCAGACACGGGGAUAAAGCGCAAACUCUACACAGAUAAUUGCCGAAGGGUGGAAUUGAGUCUGGGUCCUGGUGCUGUAAGGCAGCUAGUGCUAACCACUGAGCCAUCAUUCUGCUCUAAUGUACUGGACUUCUAGAUUACAACAUGUACUUAAUUGGCUGUAAAGUGCUUUGGGAUGUUUCAAGGUCAUAAACAAAAGUCAUUUCUCUGGUUUAAGGUGCAGACUCUUGUCAAUAUAAAAUAACUAUAUGCAUGUGGUUCCAAAUGCAAUUAGGAAAUUAACCGAAAACUACCUGGCCUGUAAGGGGAGUAUGACAAGGCAUAAGGAGUGCUAUUUUAGGUCUCUGGUAAUUUGUCUUGCCUGAAUUAUAAGGUCAUGCGUUCAAGCACUGACCUAAGAUGUCAUAAAUUGAGGUAUUACAUUGCCCAAUAUCCUAUCUCUCUGACAAGAUCAUAUCCACCUUCCUGGUUCCCAUAGUGUUGUUAGAAUAUCAAGAACAGGAGAAUCUCCCCUGAAUCCUGACUUUUGGCUACCUAAAAAUAGACAAAUUAGCAAUUCAAUCUGUUUGCAAGAACUUGUAAAAAUUGGCUGCUGGAUUUUACAUAUAUCACAACAAUAUGUAAUCGAGCAGUAAUCAAAGUGAUUAAUAGAUUGUGAUGAGAGUUGGGACAUUCUGACAACAUGAAAGACAUGAAGAAGUAUAAAAUAUGAAAGUUUACAGUCUACGAACAGUUUCAACACAACUGUAGUGUUUAAAACUAUCCAAAAUAAAUAAUUACUUGAGUAAGGGAAAAAUAAUUACUUUUAGGAUUUGAUUCAGUUUUCAUUUUUGCUACAAUUAGGGUAUAUUGCAGUCGGAUACUUGAGGGGAAAAAAAUGUUUUCUAUAAAAUUAUGAAAAAUUGAAGUGGACAGGUCAAUAUUAAUUUGACAAAAAUGUAAAUCUGUUGAGAAAUUGAAAUCUCUUCGAAACCAAUACAUUUUAAAGAAACCACUGUAUCAGAUGCCAACAGUUCAUUUCCAGAUUUCCUUUCCUUUUCUUUGAUUUUGGAGUCUGUGGCAUCGCUUGCAAUUACCAUUCUACAUGUAAAAGCAAAAGAUAUGCAGCAUCAAGCUAGCUACAAAAAAAACAAAAAAAAUCUGCAUUGAUUACAGUGCCCACCAUGACUACAGGACCACCUUUGGUGCUUUAUAUCCAAUGGAGUGCUUUUGAAGUUUAUUUAAUGUUGUGAUGUAAAAAACAUACCAGACAAUACGUGCACAGCAAGAUCUCAUAAACUGUAAUAAAACACAUUAUUGGGUUUAUCUGUUUUUGUCAUUAGUUAAGGAAUAAAUAUUGGCCGGACUGUUGAGGGAGGGGGGGAAUUCUCCUGUUCUUGUUUGCUGGCUAAUUUUCAUAUAUCUGAGAGAAGAAGCUUCCUUUGUACUGCACUGAAGUGUCAACUUUGAUUAUGUACUUAAAUGUCUAGUGUGGGGCUCGAGCUCACAAUUGUUAGUAAUGGCUUACGAAAAUCAGUUUGCAUCACGGUCAAAAGCUGAACUGAAAGAGAUUUUACAAUGGAUUUUAUCCAAAAGGCAUUAUAAAAAUGAAAUAAGUUAAAAUGAGAGGUGACUCUUCGACUGAACCAAGGCUGUGAGGAAGCCAUGUGAAUCUUUAAAAUUGAUCUUUGCUGUAAAAUGCAUUUCUGAAGCAUAUAACACGAAUAGCUAUUUUACUGUUUAUGGCAUAAAAUUGUUACUGCAGCAAAAACAGGAUUUGAUUAGGGCUUUAAGAAUGAGCACAAGAUGAAUAAUCUUAUAAAACCAAAUUUUUUCAUAACUUGGAAAUAGAUUUUAGUUUAGUCUUUUUUAAAUUAACACAAUCUACUUCCUUGGAUGUGUAAUAGUUUUAUGUUGGUGCCACUACAAUAUCUGACGAUGACUGUACAGUCUGUUGGAUAUCAUGAUGGUUCUCUGUUGUGUUUCAUGUCGGAGCUACCAUUUGCACUUAAUUGUUGGAGUUAGGCACAUCGUGCAGUGGGACAUAGAGGAAUAGUGAGUAGCCACGCUAUACUAUAUCUAACUUCCUCACAUGUUUGGCAUUCUACAUGUACAAUGUAAUAUCUAUGCAUCUUUGCACAUUAUUAUGACUUUUUACACUUGAUAUUUUUGUUAGGUUUAUUCUUGUAAAUUAUUCCUUGCAUUGUAAAUAGAAUGUGACUUUUACCCUACAAUAUCUAUAUAAUUGAACAACAAACAUUCAUUGUCUUUUUUUCCAAAUGACUGAAUAAGCCACGUGACCCAGAGUGAUAUUUUUAACUUAUUGUAGCUCAAAGAAUAAAGGCUAUACCAGAUAAAACUGAAAGAACUGUGGUUGCUCUAAAUCCGAAACAGAAACAGAAGUUGCUGGAAAGGCUCAGCAGGUCUGGCAGCAUCUGUGAAGAGAAAUCAGAGUUAAUAUUUCAGGUCUGGUGACCCUUCCUCAGAACAUCCUGUUCUGAGGCCCAAAACAUUAAUUCUGAUUUCUCUUCACAGAUGCUGCCAGACCUGCUGAGCUUUUCCAGCAACUUCUGUUUUUGUUAAAGGCUAUAUCAGGUUGUGACUUUGCCUAGAAGCAACCAAGUCUAUUUUAUGGAAUAGUGCACAGUUAAAUGUGUGGUUUGAAAUACAAAAUUGGAUUUGCAGUGCACAGGAAUAUUUAAAAAACAAUGUGUUAUUUUUGUGAGUAACAGCACAAACCUGAACCUUGAACCAUAAUCCUAAAUGAGCCUUGUGUGACCUUUUUAUUAUCAUCUUCAGAGUGACUAAUGAUUGGUUGCUUGUCAGAUGCAUCAGUCAAAAGUGUAAUAAAGUGUAGAUUUUGUUAAAUGUGUUCCUAGAGGCAACAAGAAUGCCAAAAUAUAUGUACUUCAAAGGACCAAUAGUAUAGUUACUUUUAAAUUUAAUGAAUUGCUUCCGUUGCUGUCACACAAAGUAGUCUCCCCAAAAUAUUCACAUAAUCUGUAGCUGCCUCCAAGAAAUAUCAGCAAGCUCCAAUGACCCUAUUAAAAAGGAAAAUAAACUGAAAUUCUACAAAUCUUAAAUGAGAACAGAAAGUGCUCAAAAUGUUUUUUAGGAAGAAACUGUAGAUAAGAAUUAUAUGAUGGAAUUAUGCUAAACCACUUUUACUGAAUUACACACAGUGCUAGAUUUUGCUGAGCAUACUUUCCAACCAUGUCUGCUGUCAGCUAAACCUAACCCUUCAAUUGAGUCUCGUGGCACAGUGGUAGUAUCCUUUCCUUUGAGCCAGAAGGCCUGGGUUCACAAGUCUUACCUACCACAGGUAUGUGAUAUAACAUAUCUACACAAGUUGAUUAAAGCUACCACUCAAUUGAAAACAGCUUUUCCCAUUAAAUGUGCAUUUUGUUCCUGAUAACUUCUCUACCCAGUGUUGUUCGCCAAAACCUGAGCAAAAAUGUAUCUCCUUAACCAGUUCAUUAAAGAUUUUGAAAUAAAAAGGAGAGGACUGAGAAAUGUAAGUGGGAGUAUUAUUAAAGAGAGAUAAAUCGAAUACCAAAUAGACUGCAGCAGUUCAAGAAGGCAGUCCACCACCAUGUUCUCAAGAGUAGGCAGGCAUAGGUAAUAAAUUUUGACCCAGCUAGUGAUACCAACUUCUCAUGAAUUAAUAAAGAAAAAUCACACACGGAAAAGGAGGGCAAGAAGGAUGUAUUAAUUUUAAAAAAGUCAAAAGAAAACUUUUAAACAAUUAUUAAUUUUACACUUGAAAAAAAUCCAACAGCCUGAAAUAGUGUGGCAUAGCAUUUAAAUUCUUUGGCACAAGAGAUAACAAUUUUAAGUGGCAGUUAAUAACAGUGUUAAAUUAGUGCUUACCCUCAAUAAUUAAUUACACCUGUAAUUACUCGGCCUAAAUAUCUGUUUGUGUUUACUUUGUACCUACUGUGCAAAUACAGCAACAUCGUGACUUCAAAGCAUAUUAGUAGUGUGGCAUCAACAAAGUACAGUUUCACAAAGUUAAUGGUGCAACUCAGACAGCAACCUCUAGCUAUUUACAUUUAACUGUGUCACUGGCUCUUGCCUGAAGUAGUUGUACUAUUUAUGGAUAAGUAGCCUCUCCAAUAUCAUGACAGCAAAAUAUGAUCUUUUAUCUGUAUGUCAUUUUAAUAUAUGAAUAAACCACCCUGACCAAUUUCUCAACCUGAUUUUGAUCCAGUGUGUACUUUGAACAGGUAGAAUUAAAUGAGACAAUCCAUCAAGUGCAUGAGUGCUUCACUUUUGUUAUGCCAUAGAAUGGUACACUAAGCCUGACAGGAAAUGGAAGCUUCUGUUUUAUUCCAUCUAGUAUAACCUGGUGAUGCAGCAAUAUUUAAUGUGCCUCACUCGUUUUUACGUUACGUAUUACACAUACCAAGUGAAUCUGCUUGUAGACUGCACCAAUUAUGUGCCUUAACUAAGAAAAAUAGAUAAUUCUCUAAGCUUUGCCAUUGAAAAGUUAGGUUGUUGCAUUUAGGUAGUUUGCUCUAUGGAAACAGAGACAUUUCAUGACUUACUUCACAAUUCUAGUGUAUCAUCCUAUAAUGUAUAUGUUGAUUCAAUAAUAUAGUAAAUAUUUCAUAUGACAUUUAAUGUUUUCAUUUAAAAUGGUAAAUUGUGGCUAUAUUUAACAAAUGAUGUAUUAGAGAGAGAAAACUAUGAAUGGUAGCUCUCUGCAGCCCAAAAUAGCCAAGUUAUUUAACAAAGAGGCUACUAUGCAUGCACUUUAAACCAUUCUUGGGAAAUACAUCUAUUUCAUGUAUAAAAUGCAAAUGUAUAAGGAAACAAUACUGAAUUUUCAAAUGUUUUGUACCUAUAUCUUUUGCAGAUUUUUAGUUUUAGACCCAAGAAUGAAUAAGGUUUGGUCAGAAUGCAAUUCACAUGAACUUACCAGGGUGCUUUUUGUAUUUGUUCAAUAGCAGCUGAUUGUGCAAAAAAAUACAUUUUUACUCCAGAACUACUUUGGAAAACUGUCACAAUUUGAUGUAAAGGCUGAUCGCUUCAAAACUUAGAACUAUUUUUCUUUCUUCUUUUAGUUCCCUAAGAGACCCCAGCCUUUAUUGUGAACAUUGAAUGAUGUGGAUGUGUCAUUCUUUCGUUUAAAUUGAAAUAUAUUGUAUUGGUGCAGUGUAGAAUCUUGUAGUUUACGUCAAUAAUCACUUAGAUGUUAUGAACAAAAAUGACUAAGUUGCAUGGGUUACCUCAUCUUGAUGA